AAAAUGCAACGCCACAUGAAAAUGAAAUGGUCACUACCACACAGAUACUCAUUUUUAAAACUGGCACUUACACACAAUUGACUCGCGAAUAGAUACCAGCAAAUAUUAAAUGUGUGUUUUAGUAGUGCACUUAUAUGUUUUUCUCCACCCAAUUACAUCCAAUGAUCCAAGGAAUCUUCUUGCGACUCUUGCUCUAUAAGAAUACCUAUUCUUCUAACACUCGAGCAAACCAAACCAAACCUAGCUAGUUUUCAUCACCUUCCUAUGAUUGUUUUUGUUUUAAUUUCCUAACUAACUAACACAGCAACAAGCACUGAGUCUUUGGCCAUGACGUUCAACGCGAGCACCAUCACAACGGCGUCGGAAGGAGCCUGGCAGGGCGAUAAUCCCCUGAACCACGCUCUUCCUUUGUUGAUCGUUCAAACCAUCCUCGUAGUCUUCGUGAGCCGCACACUCGCCUUUCUCCUCAAACCCUUUCGUCAACCUAAAGUUGUCGCCGAGAUUAUUGGUGGAAUUUUGUUGGGGCCUUCUGCUAUUGGGCGCAACAAGAAAUUCAUGCACAUAGUGUUCCCAGCAUGGAGCACUACCAUGCUGGAAUCAGUGGCAAGCUUCGGCCUCUUAUUCUAUCUAUUUCUGGUGGGCCUAGAGCUCGACUUUCGCACCAUUCGCCGGAGCGGCAAGCAAGCCUUCAACAUCGCGGUGGCCGGAAUAACCCUCCCCUUCAUCUGCGCCGUGGGAGUAACGUUCCUUCUCCAGAGAGCCAUCCGCUCUGAAAACCAUAACAUAGGGUACGUUCAGCACUUCGUGUUCUUAGGGGUAUCUCUGUCCAUCACGGCUUUCCCUGUGCUCGCGCGCAUCUUAGCGGAGCUCAAACUGCUGACCACACGUGUGGGAGAAACCGCCAUGGCGGCUGCAGCCUUCAACGACGUCGCUGCGUGGGUUUUGUUGGCCUUGGCGGUGGCUUUGGCUGGCCAGGGACACAAAAGCAGCUUGUUGACAUCAAUAUGGGUGCUCUUCUCAGGGAUGGCGUUUGUUGCAGCCAUGAUGAUCCUGGUUCGACCGGUGAUGAACCGUGUUGCUCGCAAGUGUUCUCACGAACAAGACGUGUUACCCGAAAUCUACAUAUGUUUAACUCUAGCGGGAGUAAUGUUAUCGGGGUUAGUGACAGACAUGAUAGGGUUACAUUCAAUUUUCGGGGGAUUUGUUUUCGGGCUAACGAUACCGAAAGGUGGCGAAUUUGCAAAUAGAAUGACGAGGAGGAUUGAGGACUUCGUGUCCACGUUGUUCCUUCCCUUGUACUUUGCUGCCAGUGGUUUGAAAACUGACGUGACUAAGUUACGAAGCGUGGUGGAUUGGGGGCUUCUUUUGCUGGUUACGUCCACCGCGAGCGUGGGGAAGAUUUUGGGAACGUUUGCGGUGGCGAUGAUGUGCAUGGUGCCGGUGAGAGAAUCCUUGACGCUUGGAGUGUUAAUGAACACCAAAGGGUUGGUGGAGCUAAUCGUUCUCAAUAUUGGCAGAGAGAAGAAGGUGCUUAACGACGAGAUGUUUACCAUCCUAGUACUCAUGGCUCUCUUCACCACCUUCAUUACAACUCCAAUAGUCUUGGCCAUAUACAAACCCUCUCGUAUAGUAAACUCCGGUUCGCAAAAACCGUCGCGGCUAACAGAUUUGCAAGAGAAGCUUCGCAUUCUUGCGUGCAUCCAUGGACCUGGCAACAUACCCUCACUAAUCAACUUCGUUGAAUCAAUUCGGGCCACCAACAUGUCACGACUCAAACUCUACGUGAUGCAACUUACCGAACUCACUGAUAGCUCUUCCUCCAUCUUGAUGGUUCAACGCAGUCGAAAGAAUGGUUUUCCCUUCAUCAACCGAAUGAAGAGUGGACCAAUGCAUGAGCAAAUUGCCACAGCAUUCCAGGCUUAUGGUGAAGUGGGUAAAGUUACUGUGCAUCAUUUAACAUCUAUCUCUCUAUUGUCAACAAUGCACGAGGACAUAUGCCACGUUGCAGAAAAGAAAGGUGUGGCAAUGAUUAUAUUGCCCUUCCACAAAAGGUGGGGAGGGGAAGAUGAAGAGGUGACAGAAGACUUAGGGCAGGGUUUGAGGGAAGUCAAUCAAAGGGUGCUUCAAAAUGCAGCCUGCUCUGUCGCAGUGCUAGUCAAUCGUGGGGUUGCCAGAAGGUACGAACAAGAACCUGAGACAAGUGUUGCUGCAAGGAAAAGAGUGUGCAUAAUUUUCAUUGGUGGACCACAUGAUCGCAAGGUUUUGGAGUUAGGUAGCAGAAUGGCAGAGCAUCCAGCAAUUAGGUUGCUUUUAGUGAGAUUCACUUCAUACACAGAAGUUGGGGACGAGGGACCCAAAUAUAACUCACCAACAUCAACCACCAACUGGGAAAAAGAAAAGGAGUUGGAUGAGGAAGCAGUAAACGAGUUCAAGGUUAAAUGGCAGGAGACUGUGGAGUACAUUGAAAAGAACGCAACCAACAUAACAGAGGAGGUGUUAUCAAUUGGGAAAGCUAAGGAUCACGACCUAGUAAUUGUGGGGAAGCAACAACUUGAGACAACCAUGUUGACAAACAUAGAUUUUCGUCACGGGAAUGAAGAGCUGGGACCCAUUGGAGAUCUCUUUGUCUCUUCGGGUAACGGCAUUACCAGUUCAUUGCUCGUUAUACAGGACCGAUAUUUUAUAAAUUCAAACGAAAGUAAUCUCGUUAAGACAUCAAGGGCCGAGAGUACUGUGAUUAAAGAUGCUAUCGAAGAACUUUAACCAUCCAAUGUACAAUGAUAGUAGUAUCAAAUAUGUAUAAUAAAUAAUCAUCCGUGUAUAAAAUGAGCAUCCUGCGUGUACGAUGACAACCCUCCCCCAAUCUCACGUGCUGUAUUUUGAACCUUCGUUAAUCUCUAUAUAUAAUACUCUUGUUUGGACAUAUGGAA